ACCACCGCCUCCCUGCCGGCGCCCGCCGCAGCUGCCGCCCGCCAGCUCGCCCGUGCAGCCGCGAUGCCCCGGAGCCUGACCCUGGCCCGGGUCCCCGGCCCAGGGGGUAAUUAGCCUCUGGGCACCCCGAGCGCCCGGUCACCAACGCCGCACCCCGACGCAGCGAUGGGCAACACCGUGCACAGGACCCUGCCAGACUCGAGCCCGCCGGCGCGUCUCCUGGCCACGCGGCCGUACUGCGGCCCUGGCCCUGAGCGGCGCGCAGUUCUGAGUGAUGCGCCGCGUUUCCACGCACAGGCCAAGGGCAAGAAUGUGCGGCUGGACGGCCACUCGCGCCGGGCCACGCGGCGCAACAGCUUCUGCAAUGGCGUCACGUUCACGCAGCGGCCCAUCCGGCUGUACGAACAGGUGCGGCUGCGCCUGGUGGCCGUGCGCCCGGGUUGGAGUGGCGCGCUGCGCUUCGGCUUCACCGUGCACGACCCAUCGCUCAUGAGCGCCCAGGACAUCCCUAAGUAUGCCUGCCCCGACCUCGUCACGCGGCCCGGCUACUGGGCCAAGGCGCUGCCCGAGAACCUGGCCCUGCGUGACACCGUGCUGGCCUACUGGGCGGACCGCCACGGCCGCGUCUUCUACAGCGUCAACGAUGGCGAGCCUGUGCUCUUCCACUGCGGCGUGGCCGUGGGUGGCCCGCUCUGGGCGCUCAUCGACGUCUACGGCAUCACCGACGAGGUGCAGCUCCUUGAGAGUGCGUUUGCCGACACACUGACGUCCACCCGCCUCAGCCAGGCCCACUUCAGCGCCUGCGUGCCGUCCAGCAGCCACGACGCAGCCAACUUCGACAACAACGAGCUCGAGAACAACCAGGUGGUGGCCAAGCUAGGCCACCUGGCGCUGGGCCGUGGCCCAGGCCAGCAGCCUGCAGACGCCGCGGCCGCCUCUAUCCCGUGUGGGCCCCGUGAGCGCACGCGGCCCUCGUCAUCGCCCGCGCUGCUUGAGGCCGACCUGCGCUUUCACGCGACGCGUGGUUCUGACGUCAGCCUGUCCGCCGACCGCAAAGUGGCCUGUGCGCCGCGGCCUGAAGUCGGCCGCACACUUGUCUUCUCCGAGCGCCCGCUGCGACCCGGCGAGAGCCUCUUCGUGGAGGUGGGCCGCCCCGGGCUGGCGGCGCCCGGCUCGCUGGCCUUCGGCAUCACAUCGUGUGACCCUGGCGGACUCCGGCCCGCCGAGCUGCCGGCCGACCCCGACGCGCUGCUUGACCGCAAGGAGUACUGGGUGGUGGCGCACGUCGGACCGGUGCCCAGCGGCGGCGACGCACUCAGCUUCACGCUGCGGCCCGGCGGCGACGUGCUCCUGGGCGUCAACGGGCGCCCGCGUGGCCGCCUACUGUGCGUCGACACCACGCAGGCGCUCUGGGCCUUCUUUGCCGUGCGCGGUGGCGCCGCGGGCCAGCUGCGCCUCCUCGGCACGCUUCAGUCCAGCCCUGCAACCACAUCCCCAUCGGGGUCCCUCAGCGGCUCCCAGGAUGAUAGUGAUUCCGACAUGGCCUUCAGUGUCAACCAGUCCUCUUCAGCAUCUGAGUCAUCUCUGGUGACAGCCCCCAGCUCCCCGCUGAGCCCCCCGGUGUCCCCCGUAUUCUCCCCCCCAGAGCCGGCAGGCAGCAAGAACAGCGAGUGCACGGUGUGCUUUGACGGUGAAGUGGACACAGUUAUCUACACGUGUGGACACAUGUGCCUGUGCCACAGUUGUGGCCUGCGGCUCAAGAGGCAGACCCGGGCCUGCUGCCCCAUCUGCCGGCAGCCCAUCAAGGACGUCAUCAAGAUCUACAGGCCAUAGCCUGGCCCACUGACAGGCCUUGGCCAGAGCACAGUCACCUUUCUGAAGCCCUCUGGGCUGAGCAACCACCAUGGCCACCAGGGAGUCAAGAGCAGCCAUCUCGUCUGCCAUUCUUCAAUGGUGGGCAAGGCAUGACAGUUAUGGAGAUGAGGCCCUGUGGGUCUGAGCCCCAGCAGGGGCUGCUUCUGGCUCAAAAGUGCUAUGCCCCCAAGAGGCCGUCCCAAGAGCAAGCUCAGGAACUGCCUGGCAGGCCACCCUGUCCUUUGGUGACCCCUCAGCUGGGAAACAGCAUGCUCAGUGCAAUGCUUUUGGCUGGGUGGGAUUGAGUGUGUGGGAGGGAGGGGUCAGAGGAGAGACGAGGAAUGUGUGAGAAUGAGUGAGAGAGAAUGCACAGGUAUUUAUCAUGGGAUCCUGGCUUUAGGAGGUUACUUAACAUGAAGGAAUGUGCAAUCCAGAGCCCAGAAGUUAGCGUGGCUAGAAAUGGUUCACUUUCUGGGACUGUGACAUCAGCUGGUUUUGAAGAUAUGAAAACCUGCACCUAAACAGAACUCCCUUGGAUGGUAUAGAAAGGGAACACUCAGAUUUUCUAAGGGGAGGAAAAAAUAGCUCAUUGUUUACAGCUCCAAAGCAACAGCUCCAUGGGGAGAAGGUGGGCGGAGAACAUAAAAGAACAAUUUGCUUUUUUAGUUUCUUAGUCCUCAAGAGGAGUUCUGAUGGGUGCUGCUGCCUAGAGCUCUGGGUGGUGUCACCCCAAAGCCUUCACCCUUUCACCCCCUAGACAGCCUAAUCCUAAGCACACCACACCUCGGUGUGACCCGGGCCCUAGAUGCUCUUAGACUGUAGCCCCCUUGCCCUCCCCAAGGAGGAGACAAGCGGCAGGUUCUCUUUUCCUGGGGGAGGGAAAGGAUCCUAGAGAAGGGUGACUCAUGCAGAGUUGGAAGGGCCCCCCCGUCGAGCAGACAGGUCUGCACAUCUGUGUAGGCCUGGGUCUGGCAUUCACCAGUGGCUCUGGGCGUGCAUCACCGGGCUGAUCUGCUGUCAGAGUCCGAGGGAGAGUCAGGGCCGCACCACUGCUCCUUGUUCUGCAUCUCGGCUUUUGUUCCCCUGCUGAUCACUAAGAUAUUAAUUGAUCACUAGGAAGUUAGUAAGUGAGGCAGUAACUGAACAUGCUGACACUGGGACUCCCCACCUCCCAGGGCUGUGUGCUGGGCACUUCCUGUGACCCUGGCCUUGCCUCCACCCCCUCAUCCCUGCCCAGGCCCAUCUCUGCAGACUCCCAGGCCACACCUGGGUGGAUGGGCUGGCCCAGGCCUGCAUCUCCCUUCCUAGCCCCAGUUCUGGGCCCCACCUCUGCACUGUCUUGUGGGGAAGUCCCUGGGCCUCUCUGAUUCCCAGUUCCCAAUCUUUCCAAGAGGAAGCCUAGUACCUGCCCACUCCAGAGCCCUUGGGAGGACCAGCACAACAUUUGAAAAAGCCCAAGACACCUUGCAGAGAGCAGGUACCAUUUUUUUACAACUCCUAAUCUGCUCGUCUGCUGAAUGUGCGUUGGGUGUCUGGGAGCCUGGAGCCCAGCUCUGCUGAGCCCUCAACAAAUGAAGUCCCUGAAGCCGGUUGGUCUCUGCUCUUCUGAUGCUGCAGGUCUUGGACCAACUGCUGUUCUGCCUGAAAGUGGUCACAGUGUUCUGACCUAUCUCAACUUCAGAAACUCCACUCUUGGCCCUACAAGGACCCCUGACUGGUUAUUUUUACCUAGUGAGUUUGGGGAACACACCCACAUUUUAAUUUUACAGCAGAAUCUUUUGGGGAGCUAGUGGAACUCCAGCAUUUGCCAAAAUGAGAGUGAGAAUCUAGGCAGCACCAAGGACACAGCUGAAUUUGGUCACCUUCCAUCUCCCCAGUGUGCCAGGUGUGGGCAGGCACAGGCCCUGUGUGAGAGGCCUUGCUGCACCCAGGACUGUGGUUCUCCAGGCAGCACCUACUGCCUGGAUGGAGCCACACGCAAGCUCCCGGUGUCUCAGCAGCUGGGAGGUGGGCCGGGGGUGUCUCUCUCCUGCCCCUUGCCCUUUCUGACUGCCUACUAGGGUUCCAGCCCGGGUCAUGUAUAGCUACCACCAGGAAGCAAGUGACUGAGGGCCUGGACCCCAGGUAGGCCAGGCCACACCCCUGGUGACCUGUUACCUGAGAUGAAGGGAGCCAGUGGCCUGUUUAACUUGCUCUACAGCUGCUAUAAAUAACCUCCCCAUUUUCAAGAGGAAUUAAGGGGGCGUUUAUCUUCUAAAAACCAGACAUUUCAGGAUGCUCUAAGCUGAUUGAUUCAGUGCUACAGGGGAGUUGUUCAUAGGCCCUCUUUGUUCUGGUGGAGAAGAGGCAGAGGAAAGGGAACCACUCUUGUGUAUUUUGCAUCACUGUGCACCUCAGCACAGGGCUGGGAAGGUCUCAUGCAUCAAUCCCGCGAGCCAGGUCUUAUUACCACAUAGGGUCAUAUCUAAGACACCACCGAUUAUCAAACACGCCAUUUUAUGUACUGCUGAGGAAAAACACUGCCAAUUUUGACUGUAAGAUGCCACAGCUAUACAACUCAUUCUAAUCAGAGAUACUUAAAUGUAAAAAACCUGUGCUGCUUAGAACUGAUGAACUACGGUACAAUCUCCAUUGGCAGGUAAGAGAACUGAGGUCCUGUAAGUGAAGUGAGUUAGGCCUGCAGCCCGGGAGGGGGCAGGGCUGGGGUGCAAAUCCAGGAGUCUCUGGUGCCAAAUCCCACACCCUCCACCGCCUGGCCCCAAAUCGCAGAAAGCUCGACUGGCUGAGUUUUCUUGUUUAAAAUGAACGUGGGCAGCCCUGUGGAGAGAGGCCAGGCUCCUGCACUUAUGUAGAGGAUUCCAGCCCCAGACUGUGGUCCUCCUGCCACCCAUACACUAGAAGGACAAGUGUCCUUUCCAGGCGCACCUGCCCACUGCCCCCUUCUCCCAGAGGAACCGAGCUGUGUGGGGUCUUACAUCUGACCCCAGGGCCUCCUGUUUUGGGGGCUCCCAUGUAGGGCAGCUUUGGAGGGGGCUGAGGGCCGUGUCCCACCAGCUUCCUGAGCCUCAUGACCACCACCCCUCCUAGCAGGGACUCCAGGGGUAGGAUGGGGGAGACCAAAGAAUACCCACCUUUGGUGUGUGGUCUUGUGCCUGAGGAUCACCAGGGAAACUGGGCUGUUUCCAAGUUGAAAACAAACUAUUUCUAGUCCAUUCCCAGAACUGGGAGUUUCUGGAAUUUAGCUACCUGGACUUUCUGGGUAACAGUUCUCCUCACUGCAGCAACACUUUCUCAGUCAUUUAACACCCACUCGUCAGCAGGCCUGUGUUCUGGACACGGGGCUGGGAACUGGGAGUAAAGACAGAGCCUGCAGUGAGCCUGCGGUCCAGAGCAGGAGAUGGACAGAUUUAUGAACUCUUAUUUGACCCCUCUGGUGUCAGGUCCUUGUACUAGCACAUGGUAGUUUCUCAUUAAAUGUUUACUGAAUAAAUCAGAAAUCAAACUACGUGUGUUGAGGGGUUUGGUAAAAUACUACCUACACGUGCACAUAAAGUCAACCCACCUCUGCUGAGUGCCUACUAGGUGUGGCGUGCUGGGGUCUGAGAGUACAGUGCCCCAGCUCUGCCUUCAGAGAUAAAGACAAUGAGAGGAUGAGACAUUUGGGGAGAAUCCUUUGGGCCUUCUUAGCCAUUCUCUUGCUUCAGGGCUCUAUCUUGGCAAGUGCGCACAACUGCUUUCCUUCCCCAGAGCCUCCUGCUUGCUUCGAAAAGCCUCUGUGUCAGAGAUGCCAGGCACCUUGUUACAGUGAGCAGCUGCCCCAAUGGCCUUGGGCAGAAUCCCCAAAGGCAUCACUGGUUGAUGAUCACCCUCAGGUCCUGCCAGGGAGAUGGAGGGGUGGGGGGCGCAGUUGGCUACCUGCUACUUUCAGCCCUUGGGACUGGUUGCUGGAAAUCAGUCCCCAAGUCCCCAGAGAACCCCCAGUCAGUUCCAGUUGAGAAAUGGGGCUGUGUGAAGUCUUGGAGAGGCAGUGACUUCCCCUGCUUGGUUCCGUCUCUGCCCCAGUUCUGGCAGACGCACACCGGCUCAGGAACACGUGGCCUCCUGGCAGUUCUUGGUAUUUAAUUGCCCCACUGUCUUUUCCAAAUCCCUAAUGAGAUGACUUGUACAACAAUCUGUCUGUGCCUUAUGAAAGCGUCUGUGCACUUUUAAUCUUUUUUAAAAGCAACUUUUAGAAAGUGGGCAGGGGACUAGCGUACAUGGUAGUGUUCUAGAAAUCUGUGAUAAUCACAGAAACCUCUCUGCAUUAUGUUGCUGAUGUUGGAGUGAUGAAGUCCCUCAUCCCACCCCCAGCUACCUGUGUACAGACCUUUUAAACAAUGUCUAUUAUUAUUACUUUUCUGAUUCAGUACUGUGACCUCUCCAAUACAGUCUAAUCUUUGGUGGAUCUGUAAUAAAGGGUUUAAAACCUGGGGGAUUGGUUGGGAAGGGUUUGCACUGGUCCUGUGUGUUGUGUUUUGUGUUGUGUGUUUCAGUUUUGUCUGUUUUUAUCAGUUUUAUAUUAACAUAAUUUUACUGUUUAAAAAACAAAUACAACUUUUAACUUGUUCAAAGAAAGUCUCACAACUC